UCGCCCCGCCCCUUCCCCCGCCCGGGCGGCCAUGGCCAUUCCCGGCAUCCCCUAUGAGCGACGGCUUCUCAUCAUGGCGGACCCUAGAGAUAAGGCGCUUCAGGACUACCGCAAGAAACUGCUGGAGCACAAAGAGAUUGACGGCCGUCUCAAGGAGUUAAGGGAACAAUUAAAAGAACUUACCAAGCAGUAUGAAAAAUCUGAAAAUGAUCUGAAGGCUCUACAAAGUGUUGGGCAGAUUGUGGGUGAAGUACUUAAGCAGUUAACUGAAGAAAAAUUCAUUGUUAAAGCUACAAAUGGACCGAGAUAUGUUGUGGGUUGUCGUCGACAGCUUGACAAAAGUAAGCUGAAGCCAGGAACAAGAGUUGCUUUGGAUAUGACUACACUAACUAUCAUGAGAUAUUUGCCAAGAGAAGUGGAUCCAUUGGUUUACAACAUGUCUCAUGAGGACCCUGGGAAUGUUUCUUAUUCUGAGAUUGGAGGGCUAUCAGAACAGAUUCGGGAAUUAAGAGAGGUAAUAGAAUUACCUCUUACAAACCCAGAAUUAUUCCAGCGUGUAGGAAUAAUACCUCCAAAAGGCUGUUUGUUAUAUGGACCACCAGGUACAGGAAAAACACUCUUGGCACGAGCUGUGGCUAGCCAGCUGGAUUGCAAUUUCUUAAAGGUUGUAUCUAGUUCUAUAGUAGACAAGUACAUUGGUGAAAGUGCUCGUUUGAUCAGAGAAAUGUUUAAUUAUGCCAGGGACCAUCAGCCAUGCAUCAUUUUUAUGGAUGAAAUAGAUGCUAUUGGUGGUCGCCGGUUUUCUGAGGGUACUUCAGCCGAUAGAGAGAUUCAGAGAACUUUAAUGGAGCUACUGAAUCAAAUGGAUGGAUUUGAUACUCUGCAUAGAGUUAAAAUGAUCAUGGCUACCAACAGACCAGAUACACUGGAUCCUGCUUUGCUUCGUCCAGGCAGAUUAGAUAGAAAAAUACAUAUUGAUUUACCAAACGAACAAGCAAGGUUAGAUAUAUUGAAAAUCCAUGCAGGUCCCAUUACAAAGCAUGGUGAAAUAGAUUAUGAAGCAAUUGUGAAGCUUUCAGAUGGCUUUAAUGGAGCAGACCUAAGAAAUGUUUGUACUGAAGCAGGUAUGUUUGCAAUUCGUGCCGAUCAUGAUUUUGUAGUACAGGAAGACUUCAUGAAAGCAGUCAGAAAAGUGGCUGAUUCUAAGAAGCUAGAGUCUAAAUUGGACUACAAACCUGUUUAAUUUACUGUAAGGUUUUUGAUGGCUGCAUGACAUCUAUUGGCUUAGUUUUAAAAAAGUUAAGGAAAAUAAUGUAUGUAUUGGCAAUGAUCUCAUUAAUAGCAUAUGAAUAAAAAUGUGUAUGAAUUUAACAUUGUAAAAAUUAGUAAUUCAGUAAUUCUGCUUUUAAGAAGUACAGAGGAAAUUUGUAUGUUUGUUAAUGUUGCAUUUAUUGCAGCAGAAGUCAGAAGAGUAUGUUGAAGCUUUUUGUAUUUGCUGUGUGAGUAUUUUGUAAAACCUUGAAAAUGGUUUGACAUAGUAGUACCAGGGAGCAUUUCUUAUGACUUAUUUUAUAUCACUUGUUUUCCUCAUCCUAAAAAGUUUAAUAAAAUCUGUUUAAUUUA